CGCAUGGCCAAGUCGUACGGCUAGUCGUACAACCUCGUCAUACAACUCUAUAUGCUGCUGCUGCUGCUGCUGCUGCUGUUGUUGUCAUCUAAGGGUCUACAAGGGUAUUCUCACCUCCUAUCCCUAUCCUCUAUCCCCCCCCAUCCCCAUCCCUCACGUAUUCACUUCGUCCUUCUUCUCAUCCCAUUCUCAUAUCAUCAGAAGCUUCAUUCCACCCUUCAUCCAAUCCUUGAGGAGGUCGAUUGCCUCAACAGUCUCCAUACCCAUUAACUGCCUCUGUAAAGUCAGUAAAACCUUCGCAGAGCUAAACUCUCUUUCACAGUCUGCAUGCAGCCAUUACUAGGAUGGCAAGGAUGUCCAAAGCAAGCUGGCUCACAAGAGGAUACUGCUCGCGAUAAUCAAUCCACUGAGGAAGACAUCAAAUAUUGAACAGAUAAUAGAAACCGACACUGAAGAUACUUUG